GCUCAUUUUAAUGUGCAAAUUUAAGUGUACAUCCAACCAUUCAUCCAACUAUCCACACUUAAAAAUGACUUUUGGUGCUUGUUCAAACCACGCAUUGAAAAUUGAAACAGUAUUACCCUUAAGUGUUUUUGGGACAACUAAAUUGUUUCAUGUUGAAUCCACUUACAUUAUGAUUAAGUGAACUGAAUCAAUUUGUGUUGGGACAACAUAUAGGAAUUGAAUGGAACCUAGCAUUUAUCCAUCCAUCCAUCCUUCCCUCUUUCUCUCUCUCUCUGUCUGUCUAUAUAUCUAUCUAUCUAUUGUCAAAAGGAAGUGUGUAGUAAAAUGAAAAGUCUGUUCAUCAUCUCCAGCAGUGAAACGGAAGAGCUGUCAAGUCACACACAGUCACACACACACACACACAUACACAUCCUCCCCAACCAAUCCAGUCUCAGCUCCCGCAAAGUCCCGCCUCUCCCACACAGGCCUCAGCCUCUGCUGUAUAAAUACACCUAUUACUGACUUACUCUCCUACACUACACCUCUGACUCUCGGAUGCUCUCUGGACUAUGAUGCUGGCUGCAUUCGCUUUACUGCUGCUCCUGCUUGGCAUCGGUGCCAUGCCCAACGGACACUGGGAACAUCAAGGAACCUCUCGUUGUGUGCCAAUACCAGCCAACAUGGCCUUGUGCCAGGGUCUGGGCUACAGCAGCAUGCGGAUGCCCAACUUGCUGGGACACGAAUCUCCAGCUGAAGCAGUGCAGCAGAGUACCAGCUGGCUGCCACUCCUCGCCCGAGAGUGCCACCCUCACGCCCGCAUCUUCCUCUGCUCACUCUUCGCCCCCGUGUGUCUCGAGAGGAUCAUUUCACCAUGUAGGAGUUUGUGUGUUUCGGUUCGGGACAGCUGUGCCCCCAUCAUGAACUGCUAUGGUUACCCUUGGCCGAGAAUACUACAAUGUGACCAAUUUCCCAAAGAUCACCUAAUGUGCAUCUCCUCGGUUGCCAAUCUGCAAAACGGCACCAGCAAUGAAGGAAGAGUGGUGCCGCGUGCUAGUUGCACAGACUGUGAACUAGAAGAAGCCACGUCAUCCAAAGAACUGCUCGACCUCUUCUGUAAAAGUGACUUUGUGGUUAAAGUGCGUCUAUCUAAACUGAACUCCAGCAGUUCUGUCUUGACCAUGUUCUUUUUGGGGUCUCGGUUGGAGGUGCUAAAACACGGCCCGCUGCUGGGAGGAGAAAUGAGGAGCCGUUUGACAUUGUGGCUGGAGCGAGAUGCCACUUGUGUGGGCAACCUGACCCGCAACCACCCCAACGGAGGAACCUUCCUGUUGACAGGCACUGUGACGGGCAAGAGGCUGCUGGUCAAUAAAGCUUUUAGCUGGGGAAAACGACAGCGCCACCUCAACCAAGCAGCACGCAAGUGGAAAAGCCAUCGGUGUAGAGGGUAGAGAUGCAGACGACCAGACUUAUAUUCUUAUCUCAGAGUGUUCAUAAUGUUGUAAAUAAUAGAGGAUUCUUUUCUAUAUUUUUUAAGCCUUAAGAUAUUAAAUGAUUUCAAAUGCUUGUUUUGAAA